GUCAGAGCAGGUGCAGCCCAAGUCCCAGGGCGCCCACGCCGGGGUGGCUCUGGGGAGGGUGGUGCGGGGAGCGCUGAGGAGCGGCUCUGGAUCGGCGCGGGGUGGGGCGGUACGGCGGGUGCCGGAGCCGCCCGCCGCCCAAUCGCCGCUGGCCCGCCGAGCCCGGGGGGCUGGGGCCGCGGGAACGAGCCGCGGCUGCGCCGACACGCUCGAGGGUUGGGCGGCUGGCUCUGUGUGGUGGCGGCGGCCGUACGCGGAGAGACGAGCUGGGAGCUCUGCAACCUGCAGCCCCGCCGCGCCGCCUCUGCCUCCGCCUCUGCCUCUGCCUCCGCCUGCGCCUCGGCCUCCCGCCAUGGUGUCAUGGAUCAUCUCCAGGCUGGUGGUGCUUAUAUUUGGCACCCUUUACCCUGCAUACUAUUCCUACAAGGCUGUGAAAUCAAAGGACAUUAAAGAAUAUGUCAAAUGGAUGAUGUACUGGAUUAUAUUUGCACUUUUCACCACAGCAGAAACAUUCACUGACAUCUUUCUUUGUUGGUUUCCAUUCUAUUAUGAACUAAAAAUAGCAUUUGUAGCCUGGCUGCUGUCUCCGUACACAAAAGGUUCCAGCCUCCUAUACAGGAAGUUUGUGCAUCCCACACUGUCUUCAAAAGAAAAGGAAAUUGAUGAUUGCCUGGUCCAAGCAAAAGACCGAAGUUAUGAUGCCCUUGUGCACUUUGGGAAGCGGGGCUUGAAUGUGGCGGCCACAGCAGCAGUGAUGGCUGCUUCCAAGGUGGCUCGAAUCUUUCAUUUUGUCUCCUCUUUGGACCUCAAAGAAGGGCAGGGACAGGGUGCCUUAUCAGAGAGACUCCGGAGCUUCAGCAUGCAGGACCUCUCCACUAUCAGGGGAGAUGGAGCCCCAGUGCCCUCAGGCCCUCCACCACCAGGGGCUGGUCGAGCCAGUGGCAAACACUGCCAACCUAAGAUGUCCAGGAGUGCUUCUGAGAGUGCUGGCAGCUCAGUGUGUACCUGCUGCUCCAGCUGCAGGACCCGCAAAGUGGUUGAGGGAGAUGUGAAUGAGGGUGGUGUGAAGGCAUGGGAGCCCCACCAGGUCCAAAACCCACUGGCAUUUUCUGACGAGGAAGAAGAAGACCUGCUGGAGUUCAUGUACAAGUAUAAGGCACCUCGAAAGACGGAACUCCCUCUGGAGGCACCGCCUAGACUCCUUCGAUCUCGCUUCAGGAAGAAAAGUACCUCAUCCUCGGCCACUGAAACCACGUGAGUGAGACGAGCCAACAGCACUGGAUCCACAGGAUGUUUCUUCUCUGCCUUAAAGAGCUAGUCACUAAUAACAUAGAAACCUGCAAGCUGACGUGCUAUGUGUGCAGACUCACAGACACAGCCUUUUCUCUUUCCCCCUACCACUUUUCAGAUUCCCCCCCCCCUUUGUUUUACUGGGGAGAGGAUAAAGGGAAAGGUAGCAUAUAUGUGGGGUGCGAUCUUUCAGUCUUCUGAAAAGAGGUUGGUGAUUUUCCACAAUUGGAUUGUGACAGACAGCAAAUAGUGUGCUUUUAGAAGUAGGAGAGUCAACCCCCACAUGCUGAGAUGUACAUUUUAAUUUAUUUGUUGCAUACUUUUAGUUCUGUAAAUGCAAACAAUUUUGAAACAAACUUUUGUUUUUAGUACUAAUAAUUUGGACUAUGGUGUAUAUAUUCGUGGCUUCUGGCUUAAUAAACUUGCAAGGGCUGCCAGAGAUUCUGAUAUGUAAGAAAACUUCAAAAAAUAUAUGCAAAAAUUAGGUUCUUGAGAAUGUCUCAGAUACGCUUGUAAAGUUUCCAAAUACAACUCCAGUAAAAUAUACCUUUUCCUACA